AUGACAGUAGAAGGGCAACUUCUUAAGAUGGAGCUGGACACGGGGGCAGCUGUUUCCGUAGUUUCGGAAAAUGUUUACAAGGAACUGCUCCAACACAAGACAUUAGAGCAUACCGAUGUUGUUCUCCGUACCUACACGGAAGAGGCCAUAAAACCUUUAGGAGUUGUUGUGGUCAACGUAGACUACAAAAGCAAACAUUACUCGCUACCACUGCAUGUCUUGGACAAGCCCGGUCCAUCGCUUAUCGGCCGUGAUUGGCUGCGCCAUAUCAGACUGGACUGGAGCGUGCUCCACAAGCUUAACGCCGUAGAAAGCAGCAAGGCGUCGUGUACAGAAGCCGCGAAAAGACUGUUUUCGAAGUAUUCACAGCUCUUCGACAAUGAACUGGGAUGCAUAAAAGGAGAAAAGGUGCAGCUGCGUCUCAAACAAGGAGAAAAACCGAAAUUCCUCAAAGCACGACCAGUACCAUUUGCCUUGCGCCCUAAAGUAGAAAAAGAGCUGAAGGCUAUGGAAGAAAUGGGAAUCAUUAGUCCGGUUAUGACAUCGGAUUUCGCUACCCCAGUGGUUCCUGUCGUAAAGAGCAACGGCCAAGUGAGGCUAUGCGGGGACUACAAAGUGACCAUCAACCCACUACUUGAAAGCGUGCAGUACCCGCUUCCGCCAAUAGACGACCUUUUGGCGGACCUGGCAGGGGACGUCAAGUUCUCUCGGAUUGACCUCAGUCGCGCAUAUCAACAGAUAGAGGUUGAUGAAGAUUCCCGAGACUGCCUAACAGUUAACACUACUCUUGGACUGUACCGAGUAAACAGGUUGCCGUUCGGCAUCACAACAGCACCCGCGCUUUUUCAGAAAGUAAUGGACACAAUGCUCAAGGUGUUACGCGGGGUGACGUGUUAUCUGGAUGAUAUUCUUAUCACUGGCAAUUCGGAACAAGAGCACUUAGAGAACCUGGAAGCUGUUUUAAAAGUCCUAGUACAACGGGGCGUACGCGUUCGUCCAGAAAAGUGCGAAUUCUUCAAGGAGUUCUUGGAAUAUCUAGGACACGAAAUUGAUUCUAAAAGCAUCCGACCAUCAGCAGAUAAGGUUAAAGCAUUGUUGUUGGCACCGCUCCAACAGAUAAGAAGCAGUUGA